CCACAUCCCAUUAUAAUUGUAGUAGCAAGCCUAAAUCCGCACAAACUGUCUUGGUAUACCGUUUCCCGCCCCGACAUGGCUCAGCGCCCAUUGUCCCACAGAGACCUCGCCUUACGCUAGAUGCCCAGCACUUUCCUACUCGAGUAGAAACUCCAAACGGCAGACAUGGAUACGGGCGAGGCAGCUGGUAGCUUCGAGCGCGUGGGUGUGGCGGAAGCUCUGCUUGUGCUGCCGGAGGUAGACGCCGACCUUUCAUGGCAGCAGCUGUCCCGCGAUGCACUCUUAAAUGAAGUUUCUCGGUACCGCGACGCUAUCCGUGACGUGGCCAGUCACCUACGCGACUUGGGGGAUGAACAGCUAUCAUCCAUUCCAGAUGAACUCCUCACCCUCAGCCAUAACCCUGACGCAAUCCUCGGGGCGCAAGCAGCAACAACAUCAUUUUCAGCAGACCCUUCAGCUGCCGCUGCUGCUGGCUCUUCACUUGACGGCUGCCCUCACAUCAGCGCUGGCCUUACCAACGCGUCCAACAACACAGAAGACCCAGACAAUCUCGCACACCUAGGCGAAGAAGGCCUGGACUAUACGCUCGGAUCCGUAGACGACGUGGACCCGUCAGAAUGGCAGGUCCCGCCGUACUGCGUGCCCAUCCAUGCCAAUGUCACCACCUUUGACUGGCCCAGUUUGUACGAACACUGCCAAUUCGACGUUAUCAUGAUGGACCCUCCAUGGCAGCUCGCAACAGCCAACCCAACCCGCGGUGUGGCUCUGGGCUACAGCCAGCUCAACGAUGACCACAUCUCCGGACUGCCGGUGCCGCAGCUGCAGCGGCAGGGCGGUUUCUUGUUUGUGUGGGUCAUCAACGCCAAGUACAAAUGGACGCUUGACCUCUUUGAUAAGUGGGGCUACAGGUUGGUUGACGAGGUGGUUUGGGUCAAGAUGACGGUCAACCGCCGGCUGGCCAAGAGCCACGGCUACUACCUGCAGCACGCCAAGGAGGUCUGCCUGGUUGCGCGGCGCGGCACCCCGCCCGCCCUCGCAGGCAGCAGCAGUAGCAGUGGUGGCGGGGGCGUGGGGUCGGACAUCAUCUUCAGCGAGCGGCGGGGUCAGAGCCAGAAGCCGGAGGAGAUAUACGAGCUGGUGGAGCAGCUGGUGCCCAAUGGUCGCUACCUGGAGAUCUUUGCUCGCAAGAACAACCUGCGCGACUACUGGGUGUCCAUUGGCAACGAGGUGACGGGCACGGGGCUGCCGGAGGGCGACAUGCGGGCGCUCAAGGAGCUGAACCACAUACCCGGGGCGGUGUACGGCAAGA